UCUGUACAGUCCUCCCAGUCUCCCAGCCACAGUCAGAGUGUGGGUGUAUUGUGCAGUCACUGGGUCAUUCAACACAGUCUGGGUUCCUUGGGUGACAGUGGUGGAGUCUCUGGUCCAAGUGACAGUGGUAGCAGGUCCACCAGUGGAGAUACAGGUGAGGAUGAACUGAGGACUGGCUCCAUUGAGGUCAGACUUCACUGUCAGUUCCCCACGUAUUGAGAUGUCUC